AUGGUCGCCCCCCCUACAGCACAAAAUGGGGGGGCUCCUUCGCUUCAUACUUGCCCAGCGCAGAUGGAUUCUCUCUGUGACUUCUGCAAAGAUUCACGAGCUUGGCCUUCUAGUAGGAAACUAACGAAUCAGCCCGAGAGGCAGAGUGCUGUAAAGUACCGGAGGGGGUCUUCACGCUGUCUUCGCUUGCCCACGAAGUCUCAUUUACUGCUUAUUACUUUCGUGUUACUUAUGGCUGCGAAGGCACCACAUAUUCCUCAUCGGAGACAUGAAGAUUGCCAAACGCCCUCGCCGUCUUGGUGGACAGCCGGAGCAGACCCCCUUCCACCGUUCUACCAGGUGCUAGCAUGGCUACCUAAUGGCUCUAUGAAUGAAUUUGGCCUUGUAUUUGCGUCAGCUGCUCUGUGCGCAGUCAACAUAUGCAAUACUGGCACGUGCUAUGAGCAUGGGACUGCUCAGGUCUGCGUAUGCCCGCUGCCAUUUAAAGGUCCCACCUGCGCAGAAAAGGCUUCGCUUUGCGUCGACGAUUGCGGCAUCCGGACAAACAGCGGUUUGGACUGCCAAAGUGCACUUUGCUCCCUUGGGACGUGUGUAGACACGGACGUGUCCCCGUAUUUCAAGUGCGAGUGCGGGGACUUCUUUCAAGGCACGAAUUGCGAAGUCCCAUCCAACCCGUGCACUGGCGCAGUCAACCCGUGCGGCCAGGGGACCUGCGUCUUCGCUCCAGGGAAAGGCACCGGUACUGUCACUUGUCAGUGCCACGACGACUGGGAAGUCGCUCAGGGUGUCGGAGUGGUCACCACCAAGUGGGGCAACAGCGAGGUGGUAAUGAAUCCCCCGUGCAGUGUCCGUGUGAGCCGCGGCCUGGCGAAUAUUCCUUUCACUCUUUCCUCUGGGGAGCUCGUUUUUUGGUGGACAGUGUUUGCUACAGCCCUUUGCUUCUUGCUCUGGUGCUGCUACACAGUUGCAGCCGAGUCAUGCGGCAGUUGCUUCAGGAAAUUCAAGAUAGCCGGGCAAGUACAGAAGGCUGCUGGGGCGUAG